GUGUGCAUUUGUCCCGUGAAGUUUUGUGUGUUUUUUGUCCCAUAGGAGGUGACGUCACGCCCACUGGUUGGACGUGGUGUAGUGUGGACAGAGUUAUUGGAGGGUUUGGGGAAAGCGCCAUGGUGAAGGUGUUUGAGAGGAGCGAGGAGAGCGUCUGCCGCGUCAGUCAGGUCCUGAGUCGUGGGAGCAGCAGGAUCCUUUGCAGGAGGGAGGAGUUAGAGGCUUUGGGGUCAGCAUUUCUGGGGACACGCUUGACUGAAGACGGAUUUCGGAAGAGGAUCUUAGAGCAGAUCCCGAGGACCCGAGGACAGAGCCUCCCUGUUGCCAGCUCUUUCCAGAGACAGAAGAUGAUCCAGGCACAGGGAACCCUGACCCUGGAGGAUGUGGCCGUGGACUUCACGUGGGAGGAGUGGCAGCUCCUGACCCCUGCGCAGAAGGACCUGUUCCGGGACGUGAUGCUGGAGAACUACCGCAACCUGGUGGCCGUGGGUUGUCAAGCCAGUGAACUAGCCGUCCUGUCCGUGGUGGAUCUAGGAGGACAGCCACGGGCGAUGGGGAAUGACAUCCGCUAUUGGAGCCAUUCAGGGGAUCAAGUCAGCCAACCAGAUACACUUUCCAGGUGGGAAGGAGGAGAAGAACUGGGGCCUGUAGAAGAUGCAGUCUCCUGUGGAAUCUGUCCAGAAAUCUGGGAAGUUGAUGACCCUUUGCAGCAUCACUUGCAAAACCAAAGCAUUCAAAAGAGUGUGGGAAAGUGCCAUGAACAUAAUACAUUUGCAGAUAUUGUUAAUCAGAGAGAAAGUCAUUUCCUGUUAAAGCAGAAUGGUGAUAUGUUUGACUUACAUGAAAAAAUGCUGAAAUCAAAUGUAAGUUUUGAAAACCAGAAGAGAAGCUGUAACUUAAAGAACUCUGCUGAGUUUAAAGGAAAUGGGAAUUCCUUUCUCCAUGCUAACCAUGAACGAUAUUUUACUGAAAUUACCUUUCCUGUAAGUGCAAAACCUAUCAACACUAAACCACAGUCCACAAAGCAACAGAGAAUUCAUAACAUAGAGAAAACCCAUGUAUGUGGUGAAUGUGGGAAAGCCUUUCUCAAGAUGUCUCAGCUCUUUUAUCAUCAGAGAGUUCAUACUAGAGAAAAACCUCAUGGAUGCAGUAUGUGUGGGAAAGCUUUCUCCAGAAAAUCCAGGCUAACUGAACAUCAGAGAAUUCAUACCGGACUGAAAGAUUAUGAGUGCACUGAAUGUGAUAAAACCUUCUUGAAGAAAUCUCAGUUCAACAUACAUCAGAAAACUCAUAUGGGAGAGAAACCUUACACAUGUAGUGAAUGUGGGAAAGCAUUCGUCAAAAAGUGUCUGCUCAUUUACCAUCAGGGAACUCAUACGGGAGAGAAACCCCAUGGAUGCAGCCUAUGUGGGAAAGCCUUCUCUACAAAGUACAGUCUCACUACACAUCAGAAAACUCACACAGGAGAGAAACCCCAUGGAUGCAGUCUGUGUGGAAAAGCCUUCUCUACAAAGUUUAGUCUCAAUGCACAUCAGAAAACUCAUACAGGAGAGAAACCUUACAUAUGCAAUGAAUGUGGAAAAGGCUUUAUUGAGAAGAGGUGUCUUAUUGCACACCAUAGAACUCAUACUGGUGAGAAACCUUUUGUAUGCAAUGAAUGUGGGAAAAGUUUCACCUUGAAGAACAGUCUUAUCACACAUCAACGAAUUCAUACUGGAGAGAAACCCUAUACAUGCAGUGAGUGUGGGAAAGGCUUCACCUUGAAGAGCCCUCUCAUCAGACAUCAGCGAACUCAUACAGGAGAGAAACCCUUUGUAUGUAGUGUUUGUGGAAAAGGCUUCACCAUGAAGGGUGAUCUCAUUAUACAUCAGCGAACUCAUACUGCAGAGAAACCAUAUAUAUGCAGUGACUGUGGGAAAGGCUUCACUGUGAAGAGCCAGUUGAUUGUACAUCAGCGAACUCAUACAGGAGAGAAACCCUACGUGUGCAGUGAAUGUGGGAAAGGCUUUCCAGCCAAGAUCCGGCUGAUUGGACAUCAGCGAAUUCACACGGGAGAAAAGCCCUAUAUAUGCAGUGAAUGUGGAAAAGGCUUCACGGAGAAGAGUCAUCUCAAUGUACACCGGCGCACUCACACAGGAGAGAAACCCUAUGUAUGCAGUACAUGUGGCAAAGGCUUCAGUGGGAAAAGCACGCUUGUUGCACACCUGAGAACUCAUACUGGAGAGAAACCCUAUGUAUGUAAUGAGUGUGGCAAGGGCUUCACCAAGAAGAGUACUCUGGGUACACAUCAGCAAACUCACAUUAGAGAGAAACCGUACAAAUGCAAAGAGUGUGAUAAAGCCUUUAGGAAGAAGACAUGCCUCAUGCAACAUCAGAGGUUUCACUCAGGAAAGAUCUUUGCUUGUACUGAAUGCAGACAAUUCUCUUUGUGCAAAAAUGAUCUUAUUACCCAUCAGAGAAUUCACACGGGAGAGAAGCCAUAUGAAUGCAGUGAAUGUGGGAAAGCCAUCAGCACAAAGUCAGGGCUCAAUGUUCAUCAAAGAAAACAUACAGGAGAGAGGCUCUAUGGAUGCAGUGAAUGUGGGAAAGCUUUAGCCCACUUGUCAAUACUCAUUAAACAUAAAAGAAUUCACAGGUAGUCACUUUCCAAAGUGAGUUAUUUUCCAAAGCCUGUUGCCAGUUGUACUUAAGAUAAUUGCAUGCAAUGAAGAAUUACAAUGCACAGAAUUUGAUAUUUAGUGAUCAAUUACUUCACAUUUUAUGUUGACAGAGAUAGACUCAGAUAUAGUCAGCCUUGAAAAUAUUUUAGGACAUUUUUAUGCCUAAAAAGUGUGUAUUAAGCCUAGAUAUGUGAAAGACUAGGAAAACCUUCAGUGGGAAUAGACCCUAUCAUUAUGUUCAUCAUCUAUCAUGAGCAAAUGAAAUUCCUUAUUGGUAUUAAUAUAAUUGUGGGAAAGCCUUUAUUCACAAGUAACUCCACAGAUUUCAGUUAACACAAGAGAAAUACUUUCUUGGAGCUCCCACUGUGGUACAGUGGGUUAAGAAUCUGACUGUAGUGGCUUGAGUUGUUGUGGGAGCGUAGGUUUGAUCCCCAGCCCAGUGCAGUGGGUUAAAGGAUCUGGCAUUGCUGCAGCUAUGCUGUAGGUCAUAGCUGUGGCUUGGAUUCAACCCUUGGCCCAGGAACUUCCACAUGCCACAGGUACGGCCAUAAAAAAUAAAUAAAUUUUUAAAAAGAUAGAAAUGCUUUUCUAUGGUGAUGAGUAUGGCAGUGUUUGCAGUAAUAUAUGUUGCCUCAUGAUUUGCCAGGAAAUCCAUACAUAAAUAACUUAGGAACACAUUCUAUAUAGUGGAUAUUAACAAAUUGUCAGACAAGUUAAUGAAGGAAAGAGGCCUUGGGUUAGUGAUGGGUGAGAGCAUUCUGUUCACAAGUCUAAACUUAAGAAUGCUACACCUCACAAGCAGCUGGGAACAGGAGACCUCCAGCCAUCUUUCUAGUUUUCUUGUCAUUGAUCUAAGUUUUUUUUUUGUCUUUUUUCCAGGGCCGCACCUGUGGCAUAUGGAGGUUCCCAGGCUAGGGGUCCAGUUGGAGCUAUAGCUGCUGGCCUACACUACAGCCACAGCAACAUGGGAUCCUUAACCCACUGAGCGAGGCCAGGGAUUGAACUCUCAACCUCAUGGUUCCUAGUCGGAUUUGUUAACCACUGAGCCACUACAGGAACUCCUGAUCUAAGUUUUAAAUAGUGGCAGUUACUUUCAUGAUGGAUAAAAAAAAUUUUUUUUGACCUUGCCCGUGACACGUGGAAGUUCCCUGGCCAGGGAUUGAACCCUCACCACAGCAGUGACCUGAGAAACUGCAGUGGCAAUGCCAGAUCCUUAACCUGCUGAGCAACCAGGGAGUUCCUACUACUUUGAAGUAAGAAAUACUGCCAAGAGUUCCUAAAUGCCAUUCAGCUGACUACUCCUAAAGGUAAAACCUUACAUAACCACAGUUAAUCAAAUAGAGGAAAAUAAAAUUGUUACAAUGCUCUCAA